UUUCAAUCAUGGAUGAGGAAAAUAUUGGCUUGUUUAUGCCACUUUUUCCUGAAAUUGCAGUGGCAGAAACUGCCUGUAUGAAUGGAGAUAUGAGCGGUGACAAAAAAGGAGAUUCAGAUGAUAAUCUGAAGCCAGCAGCUAAUGAUGUUCUGGCCAAGGGAUUGCAGCUCAAAAGGAAGCUAGAUGUUCCAGAACCAAUAGCCAACACAUUGGACGACAUGAAGCAAAAAGCCCGGGUUACAAGAAAUGUGCAAAAGAGUAGGAAGGUUGUGCAGUCAAAAAAAAAUCAAAAGAAUGCACCAGAUAUUAGCCACGAUGAAGAAGAGAGUAAUGCUGGACCAGACGGUCAAAGUUCCAGCAGUUGUAGUUCAGAUGAGGACAAUGCCUCUCAGGAUUCUGAUUCCAAGGUUUCUGGAGUUAACAAUUCCAAUGGAAAAACAAGAGCUGCUAGGGGAGCUGCCACAGACCCCCAGAGCCUUUAUGCAAGGAAAAGAAGGGAGAGGAUAAACGAGAGACUGAAAAUCUUGCAGAAUCUUGUCCCUAACGGAACCAAGGUUGAUAUCAGCACGAUGCUAGAAGAGGCUGUGCAUUACGUAAAGUUUUUGCAGCUUCAAAUCAAGCUUUUGAGCUCGGAUGAUCUAUGGAUGUAUGCACCUCUGGCUUACAAUGGAAUAGAUAAUGGACUCAACCAGAAGCUCUCUAUGUUUCUAUGAGCGUGGAAGGAGCUGCUGGAAACCUUUUUUUAACGUUAAUUUAUCAACAUUUUAGAAAUGAGAAAAGAAUAAGUAUAUCUACUAUAAUAAAUAAAUCCCUGCCUGCAAUAUAUCACGCGGAGUAAAAACAACCAACGUGUUUCUAUAUUAUAGCA